CGUUGGAUUCCCGUGUGCAAUGAAACCAUCUAUAUUUAUAGCCAUUUAUGAGUGACAGUAGAACCACGUUUUGCUUCCUAAUGUUUAUUAUUAUUAUACUUAUAUUGUACCAUUCCUCUUGAGCCUAGUAGUAAUAGUGAACUGGAGUGAUGCUCAAGUGUGUUGUGUGUCAGUGUUUUAGGGACCAAUGGUGGAGAGUGAGUUUUCUGAGUUAAGAUAUAAGAUAUAUGCUAUCUAAUGCCUAGUGGGAUAUAGGAAAGGACCUCAAAUCUGCUAUCUUUCGUUCACAUACGCAUCAUAUUCUUUUAAUUGUUAGUUCUGAGUUCUGACCAAAGUUGUUGAUUUGAGUGUUUUUAGCAUAUUUGGGGUGUCUGCAAACACCGCAGGAAUUUUGCUUUUUCUAUUGAAUUAGAUUCCUCUGGGAAUUCAAUUCUGAUUCUUCCUUAGUUUUCGGUUUUCUGUCUUUCUUUUUUUCCUUCUAUUUAUAUUUUGGGUUGGUUUUCUGUUGAGUCUUGACUUGCUUGCUCCAACUCCAACCCAGUUUCACACUAGUUUGUUGCUCCAAUUCUUGUAGUCAAGGGGAACAAUGAAUGCACUAGCAGCCACCAACAGGAACUUUAAGUUGGCCUCUAGGCUUCUGGGAUUGGAUUCAAAGCUUGAGAAAAGUUUACUGAUUCCAUUCAGGGAAAUCAAGGUUGAAUGUACCAUACCUAAAGAUGAUGGCACCUUGCAAUCUUAUGUAGGGUUCAGGGUUCAACAUGAUAAUGCCAGAGGCCCCAUGAAAGGAGGAAUCAGAUACCAUCCUGAGGUUGACCCUGAUGAAGUGAAUGCUUUAGCACAACUAAUGACAUGGAAAACAGCUGUAGCAAAUAUACCAUAUGGUGGUGCCAAAGGAGGGAUAGGGUGUGACCCAGCAGAAUUAAGUAUAUCUGAAUUAGAAAGACUUACUAGAGUUUUUACACAAAAAAUUCAUGAUUUGAUUGGAACUCACACAGAUGUGCCAGCACCUGAUAUGGGAACAGGACCACAGACCAUGGCAUGGAUACUAGAUGAGUAUUCCAAAUUCCACGGUUACUCUCCUGCAGUAGUGACUGGAAAACCUAUAGAUCUUGGUGGAUCUCUCGGUAGAGACGCGGCUACAGGACGAGGAGUCCUCUUUGCAACAGAGGCUUUGCUUAAUGAGUAUGGGAAGAGUGUAUCUGGACAACGGUUUGUCAUACAGGGUUUUGGAAAUGUAGGGUCAUGGGCUGCCCAAUUAAUUAGUAAUAAAGGUGGAAAAGUUGUUGCUGUGAGUGACAUAACUGGAGCCAUAAAGAACAGCAAUGGUCUUGACAUCCCAAGCCUACUUGAGCAUUCCAAAGUGCACAGGGGAGUAAAAGGAUUCAAUGGUAGUGAUCCAAUAGACCCUAACUCAAUAUUGGUUGAAGAUUGUGAUGUUCUAGUCCCAGCAGCUCUUGGGGGUGUCAUCAAUAGGGAAAAUGCAAAUGAAAUCAAGGCCAAAUUUAUUGUGGAAGCAGCUAAUCACCCAACUGACCCAGAAGCUGAUGAGAUUUUGAAGAAGAAAGGGGUUGUGAUCCUCCCAGACAUAUUUGCAAAUUCAGGAGGCGUUACAGUUAGCUACUUUGAGUGGGUUCAGAACAUCCAAGGUUUCAUGUGGGAUGAGGAGAAAGUGAACAAUGAGCUAAAGACCUACAUGACCAAAGGUUUCAAAGAUGUGAAGGAAAUGUGCAAAACCCAUGAAUGUGAUCUUCGUAUGGGAGCCUUCACCCUGGCAGUUAACCGUGUCGCACGUGCUACUGUCCUUAGGGGCUGGGAAGCUUGACAUCCAUUGCUUCUGCUUUCAAUAAAUUAAUUAAAGAGCUCCCACUCUCAGCAACACUUCACAAAGUUUUUGUUGCUUUCAACUAAUGUGUUGGGUGAAUCGUAUUUUCACGCCAAAUUUUCUUUCAAUAAAUUAGUAUAGUAUAUAAAUCUUUUUGUAACUACAUGUGUGGUUCUAUGCCACUUCUUGUGACAGCCACGCUUUUUAAUAUAAUGUCACUUUGCUUUGAAAAAAAAAAUCUGAUUUAUCAAA